AUGCCGGGCAUCUACAACGGUGCGUGCAGCAAUUGUCUGCUGGCACGCACAUCAGAUCGGCCAGGAUCAUCGUCGAGGCCGGUACGGAGCUAUUCCGCCGAACGACGGUCCAUCUCCGCGACGAUAUCACCAUCCAUACCAAAGGAGGAUCUGAUUGCUGUGUGGAACCUCAUUGCGGGCGUAAUCGCAACGCAACCCCAAGAAUGUUUCACUGAGGACGGAUCAGAGCCACCGGGGAAGAAAAUCGAAGACGCGGCUCGAUUAGUGGCGAGGUCGGCAGACGAAUGGGGUCAUACGAUUAAGGAGGAAGAAUCAGAUCCUGGGAAGACACCCAAAACGCCUUCGGAGAGAAGCAGGCUUGUCCGGCAAGCUACCAGAAUCCGAGAGACAGCGUUGCAGAUUGCGAAUUGUGCGAGAAUUUGGGGCGAAAAGUUGGAGAGGAAGAAGUCUUCUUCACAACUACGGUGA